CCCUUAUCUUGGACGAUGAUAUCGAAUUUAGGAAUCCCGCUUCCCUCCGAAUUUUCCUUUUCCUUUCACUUUCAUCUCUGUUUGCUCUCGACUUUUCCGGCGCUGCCGCCGCGCCGGAGGCGUGAUUCUUCACUGACCCGCUUUAUCUCCGGUCUUGUUCAGGGUAGAAUCAGGAAUUUGCCAAUUGGGAUCGCAGAAGGUUGUGAGGCAGAAUGGAUUAUGACGUUACGAUUGAUCUGUAACAUUGUUUGGCAUCGUCUAAAGCAAAAUUCAUCAUUACUGUAUCUUGGUCAUCAUGUAUUAUCCAAGAAAAGGAGGGUUUGACCAACUUUCCUAAGGAAAACAAUGGAUGCAUGUGGAGCUACAUCAUUACAGUUAUCAGAUUUGAAGCAGCUCAUCAAUAUAGAAAUUUCUGAGUUUCUUAUUAUCUGCUCCCAUUCUAGCUAUCACUUUAGAGAAUAGCUAUCUCAUUCCCAGUAGGAUACCAUGGAAAGGCAAUUUAAAAGUAAUCAUGUGUCGCAACUUGACACUUACACGUCAAGUGUGGGUGUUGUUAAACCAUCAUCUGAUAUUGGUUUUACUUCUGAUUUACUUGAAGAAAGGAAAAAAUCUAAUGUUCUGCUUCGUUCUCAGUCAGCCAAUUGCGUUACUAUGCCCCCUUCUACAAGUUAUACGUAUGCAGAAGGGUAUCUACCCUCAUCAGAUAAAUUUUCCCAAGAAUUUAAUGAAAGCUCUUGGUGCCCUGCUUCACUUGAGGAUAUUCUCGACUAUCCUGAUAGUGUAACGGCUGCGAGCAAUCAAAUUCAGAGCAAUCGUGCUAUGAAUGCUUGUUCUAAAGAGCAGAAUGAGUUGGCAGACCUGACAGAGUUGAUGAAUGAUUAUUGUCUCGAACUUUUUAAUGAAUCAGAUGAUAACAAUGUUCAACCGAAGGGUGAUCAACCAUUAUCCAAUGCUUCAUUGCAUCAGCAGAGUAAAUAUCCGUCAAUUUCUUCUUCUAUGGAGCUUGGUUCUGUCAGUUGGCUCUCACCUUCAACCACGGCAUCUGCAACAAAGCCUCGCAUGCGAUGGACCCCAGAACUUCAUGACAAAUUUGUGGAAGCUGUAAACCACCUUGGUGGAAGUGAAAGAGCUACACCUAAGAGCGUUCUUAAGUUCAUGCAGGUUGAUGGAUUGACCAUAUACCAUGUUAAAAGCCAUUUGCAGAAAUACAGGACAACUCGGGUCAGGCCAGGAUUAUCUGAAGGUGCUGUGGAAAGUAACAACAAUUCAUCGAUUCAAAAUCCAUCUUUCAGCCUGAAAUGUGGAGACAUCACUGAAGCAUUGCGGCUCCAAGUGGAACUGCAGAAACGGCUCCAUGAACAGCUUGAGGUUCAGAGAAAACUUCAGUUGCAAAUUGAAGAACAAGGGAAACACCUACAAAUAAUGUUUGAGAAACAAAAGGACGGGUUUGACAAGCUCAAAGCUCCUUUGCCAUCUGAGCGUUUAUCUGAACCAAUGGAGAAUGAAACCUCAGAGAAAGAUCAGAAAGAAACGGAAAGUGUGCAUCACAUGAAAGAAAUUUUUUUGGAGGUGGAAGAUAUUCAUAAACUUACUAAUCAUCAAUCAAAUCCUCCUGAUGAUAUCAGACCGUCCCCUGCCUGUGAAUCUGAUCAGUCACCGCCAGAAAAACGCAAAAGAGGUGAAGAUGACGACAGAUGUUCUAAAAGAUUGUGCUAAAUAAUUUAUAUUCACCAUUUUCUUUUUGCAGAAAUCAUAACCUUGAACUUGUUCAAAGUGAUCUUUGAAAUAGUUAUAUGCAGUCAUUUUGAUUUCAACUAUAUUAUUCAAAAUAGUCAUCAUAUUUAUGAAUUCAAGAAGAUUAUUUUGGCUUAGAUUUGUGAAAUGAAUGAACUGAAGAAGAUUUAUUAGAUCUUAUGUGACUAAAA